AUGCCUCUUAUAGGAAGAUACCUGAUCACUUCCAUCUUGACGCUACUUCUUCUCUGGGGUGGAGAGAAGAUUAAAGCUCACAGGGCAGGUUGUAAGAACGUUCACUAUGAUCUGAUCUUCCUGCUGGACACGUCCUCCAGUGUGGGCAAAGAAGAUUUUGAGAAGGUCCGCCAAUGGAUAGCCCACCUAGUGGACACGUUUGAGAUUGGACCAGACAGAACUCGUGUUGGGGUCGUCCAGUACAGCGAUCAGCCAACGACUGAGUUUGACCUUGGAAGUUAUGGGACUCAGCAAGAGAUCAAAGAAGCUGCAAAGAGCAUCAAGUACUAUGGAGGGAAUACGAACACUGGAGAUGCCCUGCGGUACAUCAAUAGUUAUAGCUUUUCCGUACAGGCCGGCGGGAGGCCAAAUGAUAACGCCAUCAAGAAAGUUGCGAUCCUCCUGACUGAUGGCAGGAGCCAGGAUUACGUCUUGAGUCCUGCCUCGGCAGCGCAUAAGGCUGGCAUCCGGAUUUUUGCAGUGGGUGUUGGGGAUGCCCUCAAAGAGGAACUGGAUGAAAUUGCUUCUGAGCCAAAAUCGGCCCACGUCUUCCAUGUCUCUGAUUACAAUGCUAUUGAUAAGAUACGGGAGGAGCUGAGAAGAAGGCUUUGCGAGAAUGUCCUGUGUCCAAAUGUCCGCGUAGAAGGAGACAGGUUCAGACACAGCAAUGGAGAAAUGGAUGACAUACCAGGGUUUGACUUGAUGGAAUUAUUCAGUGUACGGGAGAUGUUCCGAAGGAAAGACGAUGGAAUCCAGAGCUCUUAUGUUCGUCUUGGAAGUUUUCCCAUUGUUCAGCGUACACAAGAUGUCUUUCCACAAGGACUUCCGGAUGAGUAUGCCUUUGUUGCUACUUUCAAAUUCCGCAAGUCAUCCAGGCGAGAAGAUUGGUACAUUUGGCAGAUCAUCGACAAAUAUGGCAUACCACAGGUUUCUAUCCGGUUGGAUGGGGAGAACAAAGCACUGGAGUACAACGCAAUUGGACUCACCAGAGAUGCUGUGAGAGUCGUUUUCAGAAACGGACGUGUCAAUGACCUGUUUGAUCGUAACUGGCAUAAGAUUGCACUCAGCAUCCAGUCCCAGACGGUCUCCUUGUACAUCGAUUGCAAACUGGUCCAGACAUUACCGAUUGAAGACAGAGAAAAUAUUGACAUUCAAGGGAAAACGGUGAUCGGCAAACGCCUUUAUGACAGUGUGCCAAUUGAUUUUGACCUUCAGCGGAUGGUUAUUUAUUGUGAUUCACGACAUGCCGAGCUUGAAACCUGCUGUGAUAUUCGUUCUGGACCUUGUCAAGUGACCCUGGUUACAGAUGUUCCCCCUCCUGUAAUUCCACCAACGGAUGGAAAUGAGUACAUUGGACCUACCAAGACAGUCAACUGUUCCUGUCCUCCAGGAGAAAAGGGGGAGAGAGGCCUUCCAGGGUUUGAAGGAUUGACAGGACAAAAGGGAGACAUUGGACCAAUUGGACCUCCUGGCCCAAAAGGAGAACCAGGUUCCAUUGGUGCAGCUGGCAUCCCAGGGAGAGAUGGAGUCAAAGGAGAAAUGGGAGAACCUGGUCUUCCUGGAGUAACUGGUCUUCCUGGACCAUCUGGCCCAAAGGGAGAAGAAGGACGUCCAGGUCCCCCAGGACGUCAAGGUUAUGUUGGAGCACCUGGUUUGCAAGGGGAAAGAGGAGAAAAAGGACCCCGUGGAGACAAGGGAGAACGUGGCCUUGAUGGUUUUCCUGGGAAGUCUGGCUUGGAUGGAAAACAGGGUGCCAAAGGAAGUCCAGGUCAACCUGGACCCGCAGGACUACAAGGAGCGAAGGGUGAUAUCGGUCCCCCUGGUAAACCAGGCUCAGCAGUACAGAUUGAAGGCUUGAAAGGAGAGCAAGGAGCUCCUGGACCAAGGGGUCCGAUGGGGCCUCCAGGAACUCCGGGUCCCCCAGGAUCACCUGGGCCAGAAGGCAAGAUAGGACCUCCAGGCCUACCAGGUCUACGGGGCAAGAAAGGAGAAAUGGGUCUUGCUGGAAUUGAUGGAUUAUCUGGACCUCCUGGUCUCCCAGGGCCUCCUGGACCUGCUGGUUCUCCAGGUCAACCAGGAGAAAUUGGCAGAAAUGGUGAACGUGGGCCACCGGGUUUACCUGGAAAAUCUGGUCAAGAUGGUUUACCUGGUCUUCCAGGGUCAAAAGGAGAACAAGGGGAAAGGGGAGAAGUUGGUAAAGCAGGCUCCAAGGGUGAAUCAGGCCCCCCAGGACCCUCUGGCAUAGUUGGGGAGAGGGGUGAAGCUGGUCUUCCAGGCUCACCUGGUUUGCCUGGUCCAAGAGGAGAAAAAGGAAACCAGGGUGAAAAAGGAAGAACUGGACUCGCUGGCUUCAAAGGUGAUAGAGGAGAAAAAGGUGAAAUUGGUGCUCCUGGUCUCCCAGGUCAACCUGGAAAAGGAGAACAAGGGCCAAAAGGUGAAAAAGGUGAUCAGGGAGAAAGAGGUGAACCCGGAGAACGAGGUGUUCCAGGAGAACAGGGUCCAAUCGGACCAGCUGGGCAACAGGGUCUGAAAGGAGAAGAAGGGGAAGUGGGUCUACCUGGACCUCCAGGAGAAAUUGGUACCCCUGGACCUGAAGGACCCCCUGGCCCACGUGGUUUGCCUGGGAAUGUGGGUAUACCAGGAGCUGCUGGUCAGCCAGGAAUUGAUGGACAAAAAGGAGAAAAGGGAGAACCUGGUAAGGAAGGAAAAUCAGGUCCACCUGGGCCUACAGGUGAACCAGGAGCUGUUGGAGAACCUGGAUUACCUGGAAAGGGUCGAGAUGGAGAAAGGGGUGAAAGAGGUCCACCAGGUUUACCUGGAUCCUUUGGGUCUAAGGGAGAUCGAGGUGCCCCAGGUGUUCCAGGUCAACCAGGAGACAGAGGAGCUCCAGGUGUUGGACUUUCAGGACCAUUAGGACCUGUGGGACCUCCUGGAGACAAAGGGCCACCGGGUCCUCGUGGCUUACCAGGUAUCCAAGGUCCACCUGGACAGACUGGUCACGAUGGUUUACCAGGAAAUCCAGGAGAAAGGGGACCACCAGGAAAACCAGGUUCCUCUCCUCUGCUUUCCCCUGAUGAUAUCAGAUUACUAGUUAAGGAUGUUUGCACUGAUUGUCCCCCUGGACCAUCCGGUCUCCCCGGAAUCCCAGGACAGAAGGGUGAUAAAGGACUUCGAGGCCCACCUGGGAAUGAUGGACCAGUUGGGAAAAGGGGAGAACCUGGACUCAGAGGUCCCCCUGGGCCUCCGGGAGUGGAAGGUCCCAAGGGUCCUAAAGGAGGCGAUGGGGCAUCUGGUGAAGCUGGCCUGAAAGGUGAACAGGGUCAUCCUGGAAUACCUGGCUUCAUGGGUCCCCCUGGGAAUCCAGGCCCAGCUGGACCAGAUGGUUCCCCAGGGCCUAUUGGCUCUCCAGGACCUCCAGGAGAAAAGGGGAAAGAAGGUCCCCCAGGACCUCAGGGACCCCCAGGAUUGCCUGGACUUAUGGGUGUAGCUGGAAACGAUGGCAAAGAUGGUAAACCAGGAUCACCUGGGGAACCAGGUAAGCCUGGAGACCCGGGGCUACCAGGCCAAGAGGGUGGCAGAGGACCACCGGGUUUUAAGGGUCCAAGGGGAGAUGCAGGAAGUCCUGGCAUGAGAGGAGAACCGGGUCAACCUGGAACUCCGGGCCGGGAGGGGUUAUCAGGAAAAGAUGGAGAUCCAGGACCUGCAGGACCAGAAGGCCCCCGAGGACUUAGAGGAAUAGCAGGCAAGACUGGACCUCCAGGUGCACCCGGGGAACCUGGUCCUGCAGGUAACCCAGGCUCCAAGGGAAACAAAGGUGAAAUUGGCAGCCCAGGUGUUCCUGGUUUCAUUGGGCCACGCGGUCUUCCUGGAGAACCAGGUGAAAAGGGGUCCCCAGGGACAGAGGGCACCUCAGGGAAUCCAGGAGAACACGGACAAAAAGGAGAGAGGGGAGAUCCUGGAACUAAAGGUGAAAAAGGGCCAGCAGGAGUGAAGGGACCACCAGGUGAUCCAGGAGUUCCUGGCCGCAAAGGACACACGGGAUUAAUGGGUCCCUCAGGACCAUCAGGAGAAUCAGGACAAGUUGGACCUCCUGGUCCUCCAGGCCAACCUGGAUUUCCUGGGCCUAGAGGGGAUCCUCCAUCAACAGAAACAUUACGAAGACUCAUCCAAGAAGAGUUAGGGAAACAACUUGACGCUAGACUCCCCUACCUCAUAAGUCAGCUACAGCCUUCCCAGGUCAAAGCACCUCAAGGAAGACCAGGGCCUCCUGGAUCACCUGGAAAGGAAGGCCUUCCAGGUAGAGUUGGCCCUCCAGGAGAACCUGGCAGACCUGGACAACCAGGUUCAGAAGGUCCAUUGGGACCCAUGGGACCAAAAGGUGACAGAGGGGAGAAAGGAGAGAAGGGAGAUGCUGGCAUUGGCCAGAGGGGUGAAACUGGUCCCCCAGGAGUAGCAGGUGUUCCAGGUGAACCUGGCUAUGGUAAAGAUGGAGUCCCUGGAGUUCAAGGUGCUCAAGGUGAAGCUGGCCCUCCUGGCCCUAUGGGGCCCCCAGGACCUCCAGGGGCCAAUGGACAAUGUGACCCCUCCCAGUGUGCUUAUUAUGCAAGUCUAGCUGCUCGGCCCAGCAAUAUCAAAGGUCCUUAAAAGUGUACCCUCCGUUGCUGCUUGGGGACCUCUCAUGGACCUUCUUCUUCGGAAAAACUUGGAUGAAGCAAGGAAGUUGGGAGGGAGAGCCUGUUUCUUUUGCUUCCUGUUCUUUGACAAGGAGCAUGGAGACUCUGGAAAUU